UUGCCGCAGCUGUCUCUGCAUCCUCCGCCGUUCGUGCCGGGACUACGCCUCACGCAAGCGCGACUGGACGCAAUCGGUAUCGACGACAACGACUUCCUGUGGCCGAUGGAGAAGAAGAUGGCGAAGAUAGUAUUGUCGAACAAUGAAUCGGGUUUGGGAUGGACGGAGGCAGAGCAGGGGCGAUUUCGGGACGACUACUUCACGCGAGCACGGAUUGCCACGAUUCCGCACGACGCAUAUCGUGAAGGGCAUCGUCCGAACGCACCCGCGCUGGUCCCUGCUCUCAUGGACAUCAUCCGUACGCGUGUGGAAAAUGGCACUUACGAGCUUUCU